UCGGCUGCAGUUUUUCAAGGAACCGAACGGGGAUCUUCUAUUUGACUCUAAAGUGACUGGCACAGUGGCCAUGGAGGCCACCAGGAGACGUACCAAACACGGGGCCAAUGGGAAACCCUCUGAGGAGAGGAAAGAGCCAGCGCAGUGGGGAAGAGCAUGGGAGGUGGACUUGUUUUCCUUGAUUGGUGUGAUUGCACUCCUUUGCUUUGCCCCUUUCAUUGUUUUCUUCUUUGUAAUGGCCUGUGACCAGUACCAGUGCUCCAUCAGCCAGCCUCUGUUGGCACUGUAUCAUGGGGAGACCACUCUGCUCUCCAUCUGGGCCCAGGCACCCUCCUUCUCCUGGUCCGCUGCCAAGCUAUAUUCCAUCUGGGUGUCCUUCCAGGUUUUCCUGUAUGUGUGUGUUCCUGAUGUCACUCAUAAGUUCAUUCCUGGCUAUGUUGGUGGUGUGCAGGAAGGAGCACGAACUCCUGCUGGUCUGAUUAAUAAGUAUGAGAUCAAUGGACUGCAGUGUUGGUUGAUCACCCACGCAUUGUGGUUUGCCAACACCUGCUACUUUCACUGGUUUUCUCUCACCAUCAUAUUUGACAACUGGAUCCCCCUCCUGUGGUGCACCAACAUACUGGGCUAUGCCGUGUCUACCUUUGCUUUCUUAAAGGCCUACUGUUUCCCCACAAACCCUGAGGACUGCAAGUUCACAGGGAAUGUCUUCUACAACUACAUGAUGGGCAUUGAGUUUAAUCCACGCAUCGGCAAGUGGUUUGAUUUCAAGCUGUUCUUCAAUGGCCGACCUGGAAUAGUUGCCUGGACUCUUAUCAAUCUUUCAUACAUGGCCAAGCAGCAGGAACUGUACGGUCAUAUCACUAACUCCAUGAUUAUGGUGAAUAUACUGCAGGCAAUUUAUGUCUUGGAUUUCUUCUGGAAUGAGGCAUGGUACCUGAAAACCAUCGAUAUCUGCCACGACCACUUUGGGUGGUACCUGGGUUGGGGAGACUGCGUUUGGCUGCCGUACCUCUACACACUACAGGGUCUGUAUCUGGUCUACCACCCUGUCCAUCUGUCCACUGCCCAUGCUCUAGGCGUCCUGUCUCUGGGACUUGUUGGAUAUUACAUCUUCCGCAGCACCAACCACCAGAAGGAUCUUUUCCGACGCACCAACGGCUCUUGCUCUAUCUGGGGCCAUAAGCCGACAUACAUUGAGAGCUCAUAUUUCUCCAGCGACGGUGGCGUGCACCACAGCAAGCUCCUGACUUCAGGUUUCUGGGGCGUGGCACGUCACUUCAACUACACUGGUGAUCUCAUGGGCUCACUGGCGUACUGCGCCGCCUGCGGGUUCGGACACCUACUGCCGUAUUUCUAUAUUGUGUAUAUGACCAUCCUGUUGGUUCACCGCUGUGUACGUGAUGAGCACCGCUGCAGCAACAAGUACGGAAAGGACUGGGAACACUACACUGAUGUUGUACCUUACCGCCUCAUUCCCAAAGUGUUUUAGAGCGAUGAGGGGUGAAGCGUGGGUGGAGGAACAGAUUUUUGACACAUACUAAAAAAUAAGAUAG